AGUUUGGUAAUAUAUUUUUUUUGAUGUCUUGAAAGCGAGCCACAUGACGUGCCACUGUGCGGUGGCAGCGUCAGCGAAGGAAGAGGAACAAGGAGUCAGUCACAACGUAGGAGCCACAGAGGGCAGUAAUAAACGUUCUUAAGAAACCAACAUAUGGUGCCGUGAACCAGGAUAAGUGUUCAUAUUCAGUUUUGGUUAACGUUUCCAAGUCUUAGUGGCAAGUCCUAAAUGGAAGAUCAGCCUCAGCACCACUCGGAGGAGUCGGAUGAGGAAGUUUUCGAGGGUUUCUCGCAAGAGGAUUUCCGAGAGAAGAAGAAAUCAAGCAACGAAAACAAAAUGGAGUCGUUGAAGGCAAAAAUCGCUGAACGUGAAGAAAUCCUGCGAUGCUUGCAACGGCAAGAGGAUUUUUUGCAUAAUUUCACGCCAGGUGAUCAAAAGUUUGUGCAAGCUAGGUUGCGACGCGUCCGAUCAUGUUUGGAGCAGUUCCAGAACGUAACAAGAUCAAUGCGUUUGAUCGAAGGAUCGGUAGCGGCGAACGAAGCAUUAUUGGAUGAAACAGAUGAACGAUGCAUGGUGUUGAUUGGGGAAUUUGAAGAAAAGCUUCAGAGUUUUACGAGCAAAAACGUCAUGCCGGUCAGUGUUAAGGAAGAAAAAAGAGUUCGUCUGCCGCGGCUUGCGCUUCCGGAAUUUUCCGGGAACUAUGAAGAUUGGUUGCCCUUUCACAGUUUGUUCGUGUCAGCAGUUCAUGGAAAUACCGGAAUAACUGAUACUGAAAAAAUGAUGUAUUUAAAAGGGGCUUUGAAAGGUGAUGCAUCGAGCGUUGUGGAUGCUUUUCCUACUUGUGGUUCGGCGUAUGAAGCUGCUUGGAAUGCGUUGAAUAAAAGAUACGCGAACGAGUAUCUUUUGAAGAAAAGAUACACAAAGGAACUGUUGCGUAUGCCAAAAAUAAAAAUGCGAAAGGCAAAGGAAAUCCACCAUCUUAUCGAGGGUUUUGAGCGUAAUACAAAGCUGCUUGAUCAGCUCGGCGAAAGUUCUUCGAACUGGGGAAUGCUAUUGGUGGAAUUAGUGUUGUCCAAAUUAGACGAAGAAACACAGCAAAAGUGGGAGCAGCAUUUGGAAGACAAAAGCGUGUGCUCAGUGGAAUCGCUGUUCGAAUUUCUUCGAAUGGAGUGUCGUGUUUUGGACGCUACCGCGGUUGAUCAUCGAGCGUCGACCAGUUCUCAGAAAAACGAUCGUCGUGUGGCGAACCUAGCAACAGAACAACAACAGAAUACGUGCGCGCAUUGUGGAAAGCUUCAUGCCAUCGCUUUGUGUAAGGCAUUUUUGGAAUUGACAGUGGAUGGACGGUACGAUGUGGCUAUCAAGAAAAAGUUGUGCCUUAACUGUCUGGCUCCAGGCCAUUGGGCUGCGAAGUGUUUUUCUCGAGCGAGAUGCACGAAGUGUAACAAGCGUCAUCACGAAACGUUGCAUAAAGAAGGCACGAAAGAAGACCCUACGGUGGGCGCAGUGACCAUGUUAACAUCGUUUCCUAAGUCCAAAUCUGCGAUUUCAAAUCAAGUGAUGUUGUCUACAGCUAUGGUGCAAGUAAAGUGCAGAAAUGGAAACUGGAUAGCCGUUAGAGUGCUGUUGGAUAAUGGGUCCCAGGUCAAUAUAAUGACCAAUGAUCUCCAUAAGCGUUUGAAGCUUCCGAAGUGUAGUGAGUCAAUCGUUGUCUCUGGAAUCGGAAAUUUGACGAAAAAUGCACCAAUAACGAGAACAUUCGUCGCGUCAAACGACAGAGCAUUUUACGAAGAUGUAAACUUUUUAGUGAUGUCAGCGAUAACAGACAAUCAGCCUUCGAAGAGCGUGCAUAUUGGUAUUGAUAAGCUUCCCAAGAAUAUCGUUUUAGCUGAUCCCAAGUUUGACGAGAAGGGUCCUAUUGACAUGCUGCUAGGGGCAGAAUAUUUCGCAGAUUUUCUGCAUCCGAAAUGUGAAAUUAUUCCGGCUAGCCACCAUCACCCGGCGUUCUUGAAGACUGUUUUCGGAUGGGUAGCAGUAGGAAAAACGAUUUCUGCUGAAGACUUCAGGGUGAGCUGUAACGUCGCUACGAUCGAAGGAUCUUCCGAGAAUUUGGCACAAUCCAUCGAGCGCUUUUGGACAAUAGAAGAACUACAGCAAUCUCCACAAGUUUCGCAAAAGGAUAUGGACUGUGAAGCAAGUUUUGGUCAGCAUCAUCGGGACGUCAAUGGGAGGUAUGUUGUAAGGUUACCGUUUCAGGUUGGUUUGCAGGAAGGCUUGGGGAAAUCCAAAGAAAAUGCGACCAAGCGGUUCCUCCAGUUAGAGCGGCGCUUUAACAGAGAUCCAACUCUGAAGAAAGAAUAUUCCGCGGUAAUUGCAGACUACAUUGGCAAAGAAUACAUGAAGAAAGUCAUGAUAGAUGAAACAACCGAUGACCCGCAAAACCAUUACUACCUUCCGCACCAUCCUGUUAUCAAAGCUUCAAGUACAACCACCAAGAUAAGGCCAGUAUUUGAUGGAUCUGCUAAAACUGACACAGAAAAAUCAUUAAAUGAUCUGCUUUUAGUUGGACCAGUCAUACAAGAAUCUUUAUUCACUUUGUUACUCAAGUUCCGCAUGCGAAAGAUUGCUUUGGUUGCUGAUAUUAGGCAAAUGUAUCUGCAAGUAAAGGUACACCACGACCACACACGAUAUCAACGAAUUUUGUGGCGCGACUCGCCGGACAAGCCGAUCGAUGUUUUCGAGUUACAAAGGGUAACAUUUGGACUGGCAUCGUCGUCCUUCUUGGCAACUCGCGUGCUGCAGCAGUUGGCGCUAGAUGAAGGGGAUAGUUUCCCAAUGGCAAAAUCAGCAUUACUGGAGGAUUUUUACGUUGAUGAUUACAUCGGAGGCGCCAACAGUGAGGAGGAGGCCAUCCAGCUACAAGCUCAGCUAACAUGUUUGUUGGAAAAGGGCGGUUUCCAUUUGACGAAAUGGAACAGCAACAUAACAAACGUAUUGGAUAAUGUGCCGGCGGAAGAUAUGGCAUCUUCCAAGGUAAAAAACUUUGAGGCAGUUGAAGAGCCGACCAAGGCUUUGGGAGUUUCGUGGAAUACUGAAACUGAUAAGUUAUUUAUCAGCACUAGCCUCCAGAAUAGCAUCGAUACAUGGACUCGCCGGAAGGUGUACUCAUUGGUGGCGAAGAUAUUUGAUCCGUUGGGUUUGGUAGCGCCUGUCACAGCCUGGGCCAAGAUUCAAAUGCAAGCCUUAUGGUUGUCAACACAAAGUUGGGACGAACCCAUACCUAGCCACAUGGAAAGGCGUUGGAAUGACUUUUAUGCGCAAAUUCCUUAUCUUGCUAGCAUACAGUUUCAGCGUUAUGCUAUCGUCGAUGAUCCUGCAACUUUGCAACUGCACUGUUUCUCUGAUGCUUCCGAGGCAGCAUACGGAGCAUGCAUUUAUGUACGCGCAGUCGAUUCCAACGGAAACGUAAAGGUCACUCUGCUAGCAGGAAAAUCCAGACCAGCUCCACUAAAACGUAUAAGCUUGGCAAGAUUAGAGCUCUGCGGUGCGUUGCUGUCAGCUAAAUUGCAGAAAACUGUUCGCCAAGUAUUUGGUUUUUUAAAUACGAAUGUGUAUAUGUGGACAGAUUCUACUAUCGUGUUGCAUUGGAUACGGUCGCCUUCGUACACGUGGACUACAUUCGUCGCAAACAGGGUUUCCCAAGUGCAAGAGCUUACUAAAGAGUGUAAGUGGCUUCAUGUUAGGGGAACAGAGAACCCGGCUGACGUCGUCUCCAGAGGGGCGCUUCCGCACGAUCUGCUGUUGAAGGAAUCCUGGUUCCAUGGACCGUCUUGGAUGGGGUUAUCUGAAUCGCAAUGGCGUACGAGUUAUCCAUCGGAUAUGCCGGAAGAUGAAGUAAUCGAGAAAAGAAUCUGUACGACAGCAGUGCUUAAAACUGAUGAACCUGAAGAUUGGUGUGCCAGAUUUUCCAACUUCGAAAAAUUGUUGCGGGUAACAGCUCGUUGUUUGAGAGUUGUUGGCAAAUAUCGGCAUAAAGAAGUAAAGCAAAACAGUGAUAAGUAUUUAUCCAUCGAAGAGCUCAGGAAUGCUAAAAUGGUUCUCGUGAAGCGUUUGCAACAGCAACAUUUCGCUUCAGAGAUAAGGGAGCUUGCGAACGGGAAAUCGGUGCCCGCGAAAUCAACUAUACGAACAUUGGGAGCAUUCCUGGAUGAAAGUGGUUUUCUGCGAGUUGGUGGCCGCCUUCGCGGAAAGGAAAUGGAACUUGGCAUCAAACAUCCUUUAGUGCUUCCAAAAAGGGCGCAGUUCUCGAGAUUAGCAGCGGAAUACUAUCAUCGCAUAUCGCUGCAUGGUGGACCUACAAUGACACUCAGCAUGAUGCGGAGGGAAUUCUGGCCGUUGCAAGGGCGAUCUUUGGUGAACAAGGUCUGCAGAAGUUGCCUUCCAUGUUUUCGGCUGAGUCCGGCUCUUAUACAGCAACCGCAAGGCCUACUGCCAGCAGAACGAGCCUCACCUGGCAGACCGUUUGCAGUUGUAGGAGUGGAUUUCGCUGGUCCCGUCUACUUAAAGCCGGUGCAUCGUAAGGCAGCAUCUGAGAAAGCAUAUAUUUGUGUUUUUGUAUGUUUUUCAGUUAAAGCGGUUCACGUCGAGCUUGUGGAGUCGCUUUCUACCCAGGCUUUUAUGGCUGCUUUUCAUCGGUUUGUCGCUAGAAGAGGUCUACCGAGCCAGGUUUAUUCCGAUAACGGGCUCAACUUCCAAGGAGCGCGGAACCAUCUCAAGGAGCUUUACGAUCUGUUGCGGAGUGAUUCAGCUAAAGAGGCAGUUCUGAAGUAUGCAACGGAUGCCGGAAUCAAGUGGCAUUUCAUCCCGCCGCAUGCUCCCAACUUUGGUGGCCUAUGGGAGGCAGCGGUAAAGGUGGUGAAGCGAACCAUGACGAAGGUGAUAGGAGAGCGACGAUUGUCGUUUAGCGACUUGGCAACUAUUUUGUCUCAGGUUGAGGCACAACUGAAUAGCAGACCCCUGACGCCACUAUCCGAGGAUCCGGCGGAGCUAAAUGUGUUAACUCCUGCGCACUUUCUCAUCGGUGCGCCGUUAAACACUGUUCCCGAAAUUGAUGUCACUGCGGUUCCGGUCAACCGAUUGCGGCACUACGAGCAAUUGCAGCUUAUAAUUCAAACCCACUGGAAGCGGUGGCGUGGGGAAUACUUGUGUGAAUUGCACAAUGAAAACCAGCGUAGACGUGUUGCCGUUCCUUUAAGUGUGGGGCAAAUGGUGAUUUUAAAGGAAGAUGGAAAAAUGCCUUUGCAAUGGCCUCUAGGACGCAUUUCUAAACUUUUUCCCGGAUUAGAUGGGGUAGUAAGGGUCGUAAAUAUUCGCACCAAGUUAGGAGAGUAUAAGAGACCGGUCUCGCGCAUAUGUUUGUUACCAUUCGAAAAUGAAAGGAUGUAAAUAGAAGUUUAUUUGCGAGCCACAUGACGUGCCACUGUGCGGUGGCAGCGUCAGCGAAGGAAGAGGAACAAGGAGUCAGUCACAACGUAGGAGCCACAGAGGGCAGUAAUAAACGUUCUUAAGAAACCAACA